AACAAAUAUAUAUACAUCAAAAAAAUCAAGAUCAAAGCAGAGAGAGUGGAAUAGAGAGUGUAUUUCUUUCAGAGAGAAAAACUGAAAUUCUUCUCUUAUACAGAUUAUUUGAGUCAGUAGUAGUUUCGAUGGAAGAUCUAGUUAGAGGUAAAGAAUUUACAAAGCAAGUUCAUAUGCAACUCCAAGGAAGUGAAAUUCCAGUUGGGAAAGAAAUAUUAGAUUCAGUUGCAAAGAUCCUCGAGUGUUUUGCUAAUGCAAUCUCGAAAUUCAGUUCCACUGAAUCGUCCAGUGAAGUUUGCCAAAGUCCGGCACUUACUACAGUUGAUUCUCCGUUUUCCGAUGGCCGGAAAAUUGAAGAAACCGGCAAGAUCAGAACUAUGGUCACUCCAAAGAAAAUUGGGUCGAACAAGAGAAGGAGAACUGCAAAUGCACGAGAGGAACUAACUGAGAGACCUUUCGACGACGGUCAUGCCUGGAGAAAAUACGGCCAGAAAGAUAUCCUCAAUUCCGGCUUUCCUAGGGGUUAUUUUAGGUGCACUCACAGAGAUCAAGGGUGUGAAGCCUUGAAACAAGUCCAAAGAACUGGAGAAGAAGAACCAGCCAUGUUCCGGGUGACAUACAUCGGUGAGCAUACGUGCAAGGAUCAAUUCAGGGGACCUCGGUUAUCCAUAGAUUCAAACCCCAGAAGCACUUGUGUACUCAAUUUCCAAUCAAACUGCUAUUCCCCAAAACUAGAAUUCCCUUUUUCACCAUCAUUUUCUAGAGUUGAACACGAAUUCAAGGGUGAUACGAAAAAUACCAUUGCCAAUCACAACAACAAGGAUUCCUUCAAAUCAUAUGAGUUUGCCGCUUGGCGCGAUAUACCGGCAUUUAAUUCAUCUCAAACCACAUCAAUGAUGCCAUCGACAUCUGGGUCGGAACUUGGUGACGGAAUUUCCGGGCUUUACUCUAGUGCUGAAAGUAAUCCAAAUUUUCACAUGGGUAUGAUUGUGGAUGGUAUGUUUGAUCCUAGUGAAUUCUUGAAUUCUUCGUUUUGAUACCAUGUAACCUAAAGUAAACCUAGGUUAGUGGAGAUUAUCUUAGGCAUGUACAUAAUAUGGUGUUGGAGGUUCGAGGUAGAGAUGUGUCUAACAGAGCAGUCUUAUGAACUAGUUCAGAUAGGCUGUUGCCCAGAGCCCCAAAUUAGCCCAAAUUUUUUAACCUUUUGUUUUUUUUGUCUUUCCUUGUUAUGUUUAUCAGAUAAGGUGCUCUUACUUAGUGUCUACCAUUGUUCUCGUUGAUAAUCAUACUUUUUAGCUGUUACUAAAAGACGUUUGUUUUGUAGCUAUUGCAUGUUACUUUCUAAUUCCCUAUAGUUGUUACUUUACUUCUGUAAACUUUUAUAUAAGGGCAUUAGAAUUCACUACAUUAUGUAAUUCUCCUCAGAUUUAAUUUAAAUAUCUUACUUCUCAGUCAAUUCAUUAAAAA